AACUAUGUAACUAUAAUCUUUCAUAACUACCAAUUCUACCUCAAAUUUUCCAUGUUCUCAAAAACUACAAUGCUAUCAUCACUCUAUGUGGUUCCUCUCUUCUCUCUUUUAUUCUCAUUCAUGGUUUGUAGAAAUAAUGCUGAGGGUCCACCUUCACCAGGAUACUACCCUAGCUCCAAAGUAAGCCCUAUUAGCUUUGACCAUGGAUUUGGAAACCUUUGGGGACCUCAGCAUCAGAAACUAGACCAAGGAUCAUUAAAAAUAUGGCUUGACACUACUUCAGGGAGUGGAUUCAAGUCGCUUCACUCUUAUCGAUCCGGAUACUUUGGUGCCUCGGUUAAGCUUCAAACCGGUUAUACCGCAGGAGUCAUUACAUCUUUCUAUCUUUCAAACAACCAAGACUAUCCAGGAAACCAUGAUGAAAUAGACAUUGAGUUCCUUGGUACCACACCGGAUAAACCAUAUGUGUUGCAAACAAAUGUGUACAUAAGAGGAAGUGGAGAUGCAAAGGUUAUAGGAAGAGAGAUGAGAUUUCAUCUUUGGUUCAAUCCAACUCAAGAUUUUCACAACUAUGCUAUUCUAUGGAAACCUAGUGAGAUCAUAUUUUUUGUGGAUGAUGUUCCAAUAAGAAGGUACCCUAGGAAGAGUGAUGUUACAUUCCCUUCAAGACCAAUGUAUGUGUAUGGAUCAAUAUGGGAUGCAUCUUCUUGGGCUACUGAGAAUGGAAAAUACAAAGCAAAUUAUACUUAUCAACCUUUCAUUGGUAGAUAUAAAAAUUUCAAACUUCAAGGUUGUACAAAUUAUUCCACCUCAUGUAGGCCACCUUCGGCCUCGCUUCCCGGCUAUGGCAGUAGCCUGAGCCGUCAGCAAAGUCUUGCAAUGCAAUGGGUCCAAAAGAAUUACUUGGUGUAUGAUUAUUGUCGUGAUAAUACGAAAGACCAUACACUUACUCCAGAGUGUUAGGGUUUGAUUUGGUUCAAUUUGGUUGCGUACCAAAAUAUAUGGUUGAUGGAGUGAUUUUUGAGACGGUCCCACUAUAGUCCUAUAAUAUUGCUGAUGAAAUAAAUCUAUGUGUGGAUAGUUUUCUAAUAAUGGUUAAGGCAUCAUGAAAUGGGAAAAGUGACCCUGUUCCCUUGAAAGUAAGCCAUUUAAAGGAACCUUCUUAUUGGAUUUUUGUUGCUGAAUUGGACCUCACAGAUUGUCGGUAGCACUUCUCUCUUCCAUGAAUUUGUAUAUCAACAAUAAUCAUUACUAAGAAUGUUAGAAAUUUAGAAUAAUCAGCUCUGCUUAUAAUUAUGCAUAGACAUCUGAUUGCAGAUGUGUGAGUGUGAGUUUGAACUCGUAAUAUUUUAAUUAUU